AUGCCACCAACUUUACCAAAGGAUUCAGAGGAGGCAAAAGCCGUCGUCCGCGAAGUGCGACAAAAACCCGAUAAUAAGGUGUGUUUUGACUGUCCUCAGAAGAAUCCGAGUUGGUGCAGCGUAACAUAUGGCAUUUUUCUCUGCAUGGAUUGUUGUGGUCGACAUCGUGGGAUGGGCGUUCAUAUUUCAUUUAUGCGUUCCGCCGAUCUCGACGCGUGGAAGCCGGAGGAGGCGCUUCGAAUGGCACUCGGUGGAAAUGCGGCGGCUGCUGCUUUUUUUCGUCAAAACGGCUCCACUGGUGACCCGCGGCAACGCUACACGAGUCAAGCGGCACAAAUGUACAAGAGACAAUUGGAUCGCCUCGUUUACAAUUGCAUUAGUGGAAGUAAUGGAACUCCAAAUGAAUUGGUAGGAUCAACAGGAGAAGAGGUGGAGGUGACUCGAGUGACGCCUUCAAGCCCAAAACGGCAGCAACUUGAAAAGGAAGAUGAAAUGAAAAUCAGCAGCCCCGUGGCUCAGCCAUCAGUUGUGGCCAUAUCCACUAAAACAGGUGUUAAACAACGUACAGGUGGUGGUUUAAAGAAAAAGGGGCUCGGUGGUGCGAUGAAGGUGGAAGGGGAAUUGACAGAAACAAUGCAACCUGUACCUCGGAGUCUAAUCUGCGAUGUAGUGGAAAGUGAUGAGUCUCACAAUCAUAAUUAUAAUUAUAACUAUAGCUAUUAUAGAAAUAAGAAGGAUAGUGAUCAUAAUAAUAAUAAUAAUGAUGAUGAUGAUAAUAAUAAUAAUAAUAAUAAUAAUAGCAACAUUAGUAGUGAUAUUGCUCGGUUGCGUGGUUGCAUGAGUAACCACAACCACAACCACAACAGUGACAGCACAACAGACGGAGCAUGGAAGAGAGGAAUAGAUGCUGUUGGAAAUGGAGAAGGUGGAGUCGAAGGUGAAGGCAAUAAAAACAACAAUAAAAAUAAAAGUAAUAAUUAUGACAACCGUAAUGUCACUGGUGUGCUUGACGCCUACGCUGAUAAUUGUACGAGUCGUGUGCCUGAUUUUUCAGGUAUGGGCUCACAACCAUAUGAUCCCCGUGAGGCUGACAGCGACACGAGUAACCGAUAUUUUAACAGUGUGGGAUUACAGGACACAUUAUGGCAAGUGUCGGAAGCGUGGGAUUCUUUCAGAGAAAAGGCGUCACGCUCGGGUGAGCGGCUUGGUAAUAAAGUAAAGGAAUUCCUUGAUGAUCUUUAG